GCCGAACGAUGAUCACAGUGAACGCGGAUGGGAAGAUAAUGGUCAGGAGAUGCCUGGUCACCUUGAGACCCUUUAGGAUAUUUGUGCUGGGCAUUGGAUUUUUCACUCUGUGCUUCUUAAUGACGUCGCUGGGAGGGCAGUUCUCAGCCAAGCGCCUGGGGGACUCGCCCUUCACCAUCCGCACCGAAGUGAUGGGUGCACUGGAGUCCCGCGGGGUGCUGCGGAAAAUGAGCGACAUGCUGGAGCUGCUCAUGAAGAGGAUGGACAUCCUGGCCAGGCUGGAGAACAGCAGCGACUUGCACAAAGCGGACGAUGGGCGCUUCCUCCUGGACAGGUUCCAGCCAGCAUCUGGUUUGAUGGAGAGAAUUCAAGCGAUAGCUCAAAAUGUCUCGGACAUUGCAAUAAAAGUAGAUCAGAUUCUCCGGAACAGCCUCAUGAAUGGAAAAAUGAUGGACAGCAGGAGAGACCAGUGCGAGGUGCCCAGGGACCCCAAGUACCCUGACUGUGCUGGCAAAGUGGAGUGGAUGAGGGCCAGGUGGACCUCUGACCCCUGCUACGCGUUUUUUGGUGUGGAUGGCACAGAGUGCUCCUUUCUCAUCUACCUCAGCGAAGUGGAGUGGUUCUGCCCUCCCCUGCCCUGGAGGAACCAGACGGCGGCUUUGCCUUCACCAGCACCGCUGCCCAGGGGCCAGGCAGCUUUUCGGAGCGACCUCACCCACCUCCUUGAGCUGGUGGGCACGGGGAAGGAGUCGCUCAUCUUCAUGAAGAAGAGGAUCCGUCACCUAGGCCGGCAGUGGCUGCGGGCAGCGCGGCGCCUGGAGCAGAAGCUGGAGGGCCGGCGGCGGGACCAGAAACACAUCCUGAUCCACAUCGGCUUCCUGACCGAGGAGUCGGGGGAUGUUUUCAGCCCGCGGGUGCUGAAGGGCGGCCCGCUGGGGGAGAUGGUGCAAUGGGCCGACAUCCUGGCCGCCCUCUUCCUCCUGGGACACAGCCUGCGGGUCACCGUCUCCCUCAAGGAGCUGCAGAGCAACCUGGGGGUGCCUCCGGGACGGGGGAACUGUCCCUUGACGAUUCCUCUGCCUUUUGACCUGAUUUACACCGACUACCACGGUCUCCAACAGAUGAAGCAGCACAUGGGUCUCUCCUUUAAGAAAUACAGCUGCCGCAUCCGAGUCAUUGACACCUUUGGCACGGAGCCGGCCUACAACCACGAGGAGUACGCCACGCUGCGCGGCUACCGCACCAACUGGGGCUACUGGAACCUGCAGCCCACCCAGUUCAUGACCAUGUUCCCUCACACCCCCGACAACUCCUUCAUGGGCUUUGUGUCCGAGGAGCUCAACAGGACAGAGAAGCAGUUCAUCAAGUCCAACAAAGUGAGCAACAUGGCCGUGGUGUACGGGAAGGAAGCCAGCAUCUGGAAGUUGCAGGGCAAGGAGAAGUUCCUGGCCAUCCUCAACAAGUACAUGGAGAUCCAUGGCACGGUGUACUACGAGACGCAGCGCCCGCCGGAGGUGCCGGCCUUCGUGAAGAACCACGGGCUGCUGCCACAGCACGAGUUCCAGCAGCUGCUGCGCAAGGCCAAGCUCUUCAUCGGCUUCGGCUUCCCCUACGAAGGUCCUGCUCCGCUGGAGGCCAUCGCCAACGGCUGCGUCUUCCUGCAGGCUCGCUUCAACCCUCCGCACAGCUCCCUCAACCACGAGUUCUUCCGCGGGAAGCCGACGUCGCGGGAGGUGUCCUCCCAACACCCCUAUGCCGAAGCCUUCAUUGGGAAGCCUCACGUGUGGACCGUGGACUACAACAAUUCGGAGGAGUUUGAGGCCGCCAUCAAGGCGAUCAUGAGCACCCAGGUGGACCCUUACCUGCCUUACGAGUACACGUGCGAGGGGAUGCUGGAGAGGAUCCACGCCUACGUCCAGCACCAGGACUUCUGCGCGGCGCCCGAGGCCGGCGGCCCCGCGGGGCCCGGCGCGCUGGCCCUGGCGCCCAACGCCACGCACCUGGUGUGGGCGCCGCGGGGCGGCGGGCACGGCGGCUGGCCGCCCGCGCGCUCCCUCCAGGUGUGGCUCUCCGAGGGCCGCCACGCGUGCUCCGAGACGUGCCGGCGGCGCGGGCUGGUCUGCGAGCCCACCUUCUUCAAGCUGCUCAACACGAAGGACGCCUUCCUGCAGCUGAGCAUCGCCUGCGACAGCACCGAGGCCGAGAUGAACCACCUGUACCCGGCGGUGGCCGAGGGCGCCCGCGAGUGCUACCUGCAGAAGGAGCCGCUGCUCUUCAGCUGCGCCGGCUUCAACAGCAAGUACCGGCGCCUCUGCCCCUGCCGCGACUACCGCGAGGGACAAGUGGCUCUGUGCCGGGACUGCUUGUGACGCGGCCCCGGCCGGGGGCUUUGCUCGAAGCUGCCGCCGCGGGCGGACGCGGCUCCCGCUGCGGCGAGCCGGGAUGUCGGACUCCGUGGGUCCCUCGGGCCGCCCGUCGGCUGCGGAUGCCCUCACGUUUCCUUCCGUUCUUUCAGAAGAUCCUGGUGUUUCUUCUCGAGGCGCAAGGUGUUCUCGAGGUGUUUCUUCCCCGGGGCAAGCCCUCCCCGGCCGCGUUGGUGCUGGGUUGGGGUGGCCGGGAGAGGGGAGCCGGGCGGGGGGUUCCUUCCCCCCAUCCCUGCAGCAGGACAAGGAUUUCCUGUUUCAGGAUUUCCAUCCUCUUCAAACAUCCCAGGUUGUUUUCUUUAUUUAUUUUUUUAAAUCCCUACAAGUGAUAAAUUAAAGGGGAGAGAGGACCUGGUGCCAGGAGGAGUUCACGGAAAGAGCCGGGCUCGGGCAGAUUCAGUGGGAUGUUGGACAUCUCCACUGGGACCAGAUUAGCAUGAGUGGCUCGGAUCACAGAGCGGAUCCUGGUGCCCAAGUCGGGAUGGUCCCUGUAGCUUAGGAAGGCUGGAGAAGACGAGUGGCCCCAGAGGGGUCUGUCACCUGCCCCAGGGACCAAGGGGGCUGCUCUUCGUCCUGCACCUGGGUAGGACACGCAGGGUCCCCAGCUGCCACCUCACUGGGGUGCACGGGGCUCCACCGGCCUCGGCAACUGCUGCCAAAGGCGCUUUGUGGGGAGAGGAAAGGAUGGGGAGAACAUGGCUGGGGCCACCCCGGGGGACAGCUUGGUCCCAUCCUCUGUGGGGACAACAAGGCCGGGCACCGGGCUCUGCCAGUGCCAAAUGGGACAGUGCAGAAAGAGAUGUGUCCGUGAGUGCGAGUGAAGAGCUGCCCGGAGCUGCGGGGGGGUCUUUGGGAUCACUGUGGGGGAUUAGAGCCCCGAAGGACUUGGUGGGGAGACACUGAAAUGCUGUAGAAAUGCAGGUUGAGCAAGUCCCAGCCUGGGAAUUGCAUCCCAGACCUUAAAGCUUAGGAGAAGCUGAGGUGUUUUUCCUUUGGGGAGUGCUGAGGCGCAUCGGAGCCCACGGGAGAGAGGUGGCACAAACCCCACGUUGUGGGGGAGAAGGUGGUGAGAUGGAGCCCGUGCCUCGGUUUCCCCCUCCUCACCCACUCAGUGGUGGGAUGCUCAGGGAUCCGGCCACAGGGUGGUGGAAUCUGGUGCUCCCUGAU